AAUUAUCGGCACAUAUGUAGGCUCAGUGGAUACAAGGAUAAAUAAAGACACAGACACAUGGCUCCAAAUAAAUGAAACUGCAGGGGGAUCGCCGGCGACGGGGGAUGAGGGUGGGGUCGAAUGUACGACGAGGCACCGUGUCCUGUAAUGCCUGCCAAUACAGGGUGGAUCUGCCUGGGUGAGGGACGGGAACGGAAGACGAGGCAGGGCAAACCCGGAGCUAGGCACGGGCAGCAGAUCUGUCAUACACUUGUGCCACUAAAAGGAUCGGGCACCACAGCUGAGAGCGCCUCCGAGGGCAUUUACAGCAGCCCGCCAGACCGUCUGCCGGCGAUCCGCACAUGUGCCACGGCUGAGAAUAAACGGGAGACAAGGCCCGAGAAAGCCCUGCGCUUUUCCUGCUGGAGGUAAACCACGAAGAGAGGCUCCGACACCAGACCCGUUCGUCAGUUACAGUACGGAGUCGCCACAAAGCCGCCCCCUGGGGGAAUAGCUGAGCAUGACAGAGUAGUGGAUUCGAUAAUUUAGACAACCCCCAAUAUUGAUUAAAGGAAGAAGAUGGAGUGAAUGAAUAAAUGAAUGGCCUUAGUAUGAAUCACACCACGGAGUCCUUUUGGCAUGGAAAAACAGAAUCAGCCUUUCACACUUUUCUUUAAUAUAACGGAGUGUGUGGAUGCUGUGGGGCACUAAGACCCCGAUAUAAAAGACUAGUAGAUAACAUCUUUCCAGAAGAUCCAGAGGACGGACUUGUUAAAGCCAACAUGGAAAAACUGACUUUCUAUGCUCUUUCUGCACCGGAAAAAUUAGACCGCAUUGGUGCCUACCUUUCUGAGAGACUUUCAAGGGAUGUAGCUAGGCACCGGUAUGGAUAUGUUUGCAUUGCUAUGGAGGCUCUGGACCAACUGCUAAUGGCCUGCCAUUGCCAAAGUAUCAACCUGUUUGUAGAGAGUUUUCUAAAAAUGGUGCGCAAGCUACUAGAAGCUGAUAAACCCAGCCUGCAAAUUCUGGGUACCAACUCUUUUGUGAAAUUUGCAAAUAUAGAAGAAGACACUCCUUCAUACCACAGAAGCUAUGAUUUCUUUGUCUCGAGAUUUAGUGAAAUGUGCCGAUCUAACUUUGAAGACCCUGACAUUCGUACCAAGAUCCGAAUGGCUGGUAUCAAAGGCUUGCAGGGGGUGGUCCGGAAGACAGUCAAUGAUGAGCUGCAGGCCAAUAUCUGGGAUCCACAGCAUAUGGACAAAAUUGUACCCUCACUUCUUUUUAAUCUUCAGCAAGGAGAAGGAACUGACAGCCGGUCUCCUUCUCCUCUACAGUCAUCAGAAAAGGAGAAAGAGAGUCCUGCUGAACUGACAGAACGUUGCUUCAGAGAACUGCUUGGUCGUGCUGCCUAUGGAAAUAUUAAGAAUGCAGUCAAACCAGUUCUUAUGCACCUGGAUAACCACUCAUUAUGGGAGGGCAAAUCAUUUGCUGUUCGCUGCUUCAAAAUUAUUAUGUACUCCAUACAGUCCCAGCAUUCACAUCUGGUAAUCCAGCAGCUCCUUGGGCAUCUUGAUGCAAACAGCAAGAAUUCUGCCAUAGUUCGUGCUGGCAUAGUGGAAGUUCUAUCAGAAGCAGCUGUUAUUGCUGCAAGUGGCUCUGUUGGUCCAACAGUGUUAGAGGUGUUCAACACUCUUCUUAGACAGUUGCGCCUUAGCAUCGACUAUGAGCUCACAGGUUCUUAUGACUCUUGCCUUACUACUGGGUCCAAGAUAAUUAAAGAACAUGAAGAACGUCAGUUUCAGGAAGCCAUUAUCAAAACUAUUGGAUCCUUUGCCAAUACUCUUCCUGUAUACCAGAGGUCAGAAGUUAUGCUUUUUAUCAUCGGAAAAAUUCCUGUACCAGGAAUCCAUCCAACACUGAGCUCAGCCAACUCAGGGUUCGAAGGGAGCAGAAUGAUCCAAGUAAUGUUACUGAAGUCACUUCUACAGGUGACAUCAGGCUUUCAGACAACUAAUAUGCUCACUGCACUUCCUAGCUCUUUCCUGGACCCACUUCUGUCAGUCACACUUAUGGAAGAUGCUGAAAUACGUCUUCUGGUGCUGGAAAUUCUUGUCAGUCUUAUUGAUCGGCAUGAUAAUCGACCCAAGUUUUCAUCUAUUAGUAUUAUUUCAGAUAUUUCUUUUCUAAAAUUGAAGGUGGAGAAGUGCUCCAGGCAGGAUAACCUUUUUAUGAAAAAGCAUUCACAGCAGCUGUACCGUCACAUCUUUCUCUCGUGCAAGGAGGAAAACAGUAGUCAUCCACAUUUUGAGAUCCUUUACACCUUGUUAGCUCUCAUUAGCAUGGAACUUGCAAAUGAAGAAGUGGUUGUUGAUCUCAUCAGGCUGGCAUUAGCAUUGCAGGACCUGGCUAUUGCAAAUGAAGAGAGCCUUCCUAUAUACAAUCGUUGUGCUAUUCAUGCACUUUCUGCUGCAUAUUUAAAUCUGAUUAGCCAGCUGACUGCUGUUCCUGCCUUCUGCCAACACAUUCAUGAAGUGAUUGAGACUCGUAAGAAGGAAGCACCGUAUAUGUUACCUGAAGAUGUGUUUAUAGAGAAGCCCAGGGUACCAAAAUCCUUGGACAAACUGGAAGGAAGUAUGCUGUUUUUGCAAAGCAAAAUUAGCGAGGUACUUGGAGGAAGUGGAUACAAUGCAGACAGACUUACCACACCAUACAUACCACAGUUUACAGAUGAGGACCGACUGUCUAAAAGGAAAAGUAUUGGGGAGACAAUUUCCUUGCAAGUAGAGGUUGAAUCCAGAAACAGUCCUGAAAAGGAAGAGAAAACGCCAGCAGAGGAAAUUACAUUUGAAACUCUGAAAAAAGCCAUUAUUGACAGUGUGGGCAUGGAAGAGCAAGAAAGAGAAAGGCGGAGGCAGGUUGUGGAGAAGUUUCAGAAAGCCCCUUUUGAAGAGAUUGCAGCUCACUGUGGAGAACGGGCAACCUUGCUACAGAAGAAACUUAAUCAGAUUUUUGAAAUAACUAUCAGGCCUCCACCAAGUCCAUCGGGCACCAUCACAGCAGGAUAUGGACAGACACAGAGCCGCUCUGUUCCGGUGUAUGAAAUGAAGUUCCCUGACCUCUGUGUCUAUUAGCUGUCACACACUUAAUUCUAUGAAGAUUAAAGUAAAAGCAUGCACCAUUGUGUUUAAACAACAGCAACACCAGGAAUCUUAAUUUUCUUGCAGGAUUUCAAAUGAUAGCCAGAUUUUUUUGUCAAUAUGCAUUUUGCUGUGAUAGCAUAAUGUUUCACAUUCAUUCGAAUGCACUUUGAAAUUUACUGGACUUUGGGUAAAAGUCUGAAUAUUAGUUACUUUAAGCACUAGAUAACCAUUUUCAGAUUCUAGUCAACCCCUGAAGGAAAUCUUUGUUGUUUGAGAAAUCAAUCCAGCAACAGUCAACUGACCUCCAUCAGUUCAAAAGGAAAUGUAUGAGAUGAAGGUUUCAUUUGACCUUUUUUGUCUUUGGAAAGCGUUGAGCUGUCAGUUGACACAUUUUGCUUUUUGGAAUUUUGCACUAAUAUAGGGGCAAGUUUAGGGCUCUUCCUGGACUUUCCCAAGCUGUUUCUGUAAUCAGUUACUGAAUGUUUGGUGUUCAUUUAUAAAGUACUGUUCUUAUUUAAAUGUUUAGCUGAAAUGAAUUUAAAAAAAUAACCUGCUUGUGACUAAAGGAUGAUUUUAGCAUUCUAGUUUUGGUUUUGAAAUUCAACUAUCCAGUGUACGUCUUGAUGUAUAGGUAAAAGAUUACUGAUAGAUGUCUUUCAGCCAUGAGCUAUUCAAUGAAUGUUGUACAGUAAUCAUCUAAUGAUAUUCAGUAUUACAUCUCAUACUGUAUAUUGCUUAAAUCAGAUACUUGUUAAUUUAAAGUUUUUAAGACAUCAAGUUUAAUGCUGUAUACCACAAUUAGUAUGAAUGUAUUGUUGCCUGCUUUUAUAUAAGGUGCUGUACUAUUUUGUACCUAAUAUUUACAGCCAUAGAUGUUAAUUUCUUGUCAAGUGCAGGCUACUUUAGCUGAUUUCCUAAUGUAAAUUUAGAUAUCACUGGGGGUUGACGAAUUUUUGUAUUUAUUUAAAAUGCAUGACAGUCCUCAUCCUCCCCGGCAGUUAGUAAUUACUUUUUCAUUGAGUUAACUUUUGAGCUAUUUUCAAUGUUUUCUUAAGUGGUCCUUGAGUGUUGUGCAACCCUCAUAAAACAUUAAUACAAAAAUUAUCCUGCAGAGAUUGAGGGCUAACACUACCUAGUGCUUCACGCACAACAUGUUUGUAAAGCAACAUUUUUUAAAAUAACAUAAAUAAGUUAUUGAGGCAGAGCUGUAGAUGGAAAAAGAUAAUAGGGAAUAUAUAAAUUAAUCACCCUGUUGUAUAACGCAUAAUAAGAUGCAUAUACUGUAUAUACUUACUAAUAGAUGAUACUAAAAAUAUUUAUUUUUGACAAAUUUAAAUAAAAUAAGAGCACAUCAAACACUUCCUGUGAAAAAAACAAAUUGAGGUAGGCAGACAUUGAAAACGCAGUUUGAGCUGGUAUUCUUUAAUGUACUUAAUGUGAAAGCCUGUUAAGUUAGCAGUGAUGGCAAAAUAAUUAAAUGGAAAUGUGUUAAUGGUUUUUCAAAAUCUUUCUGUGGCUGUGUUUGAACUAUGCAUUCUGAGGAGUGUGCAUGCAUGCAAAUAUUUGCCAAAUGCACAUCUUUGGAUUCAUUCCACAAGCCAAACAUAAACUAAUAUGACAAUCGUAUCAUUUUUCUACCUGCAGUUUUAAUUAUGUAGGAAGCUUUGAUGCAAAAUAUUAAUAAUGAGAAAUAUGCUACAUUUUUUUAGAUUUUUUAUAUAUUCGUAAACAAAAUUUUUUGAAAAUUUAAGCUGUGAAUUUUAUUUAGUUUGCAGGAUGUUAACAAGGCACACAAAUGUAUAUCUACAAUGUCAUCUAUAAAGAUCUCUGGGAUGUUAAAGUGUUGUAUUUCUUAUGUCUUUACCUAUUAUACAAAACUCUAUAGUUGAUAAUGGAAAUGUGUUCAAACUGUCAGAACUGAAUUUUGUACCUUGAUGAGAAAUACAUUUGUAUUGCUAAAAACUUAUGAGCUGUACUUAAUCACCAUGGAAAAAGUCUGCCUGCCAUUAUUUUUUCUAAAAUGGAGAUUAUUCUUUUAUGAAAUGAAAAGACUAAGAGCACUUAUACAUAUUUAUGACUAUAGUAUAGUAACAGUAAAGUAGGUAACCUUAUAACAAUUAUAUACAUAAACACAAAAAUCAGGGUAAAUGAAUUUUGAAAUAGGUUAAAUAUAAACAUGUCAUGGUAACAUAAAUCUACAUUAAGAUAAUGUUAAGGUGUAGCCAGUCAACAGUGGAGGAGUUGGAACAUAAAAAUGCCUGUUAACAGCACUCUUGUGGAAUGCAAGCUGCUGCUUUUUUCAGUAUAGACAAUAUUUUUCACAUUUCACGAAGAAGAAUCUAAUAAUUUUAGACUGUCACCACGUCCAAGCCAAAGACUUUAAAACCCAUAUUAUUUAUAGAGCACGAGGAAUUGAUUGAUAUGAUCAAAAUGGGCUUUCAUCUUAUUGGAGGACAUGCAGCACUUUCUGGAUGUCACUAUCAGGUGCACCAAGUUUAAUAAAUGUUUUUGGAUGCUUAUGCUUAAUUGUUUGAUGCACUAAAAUGUGCAUCAGCAGUCAGUGCAACACUAGUGUUACUGGGGACAGGGAAUCUUGUAAAUCUUAAAAGUUUUUUUAAAUAUUGAAAUACAAAAAUAUUUGGCAUAUGCCUAUAAUUUAUUUAUACAUUUGCACAUUUAUAUCUCAGAGUUCUUUUUUGAUGACCCAUCUCUAUUUAUUUCCAAAUAAACCUACGGUUUAUAGAUAACUAGAGGUAGGAUCCUCUUGUUUGUGCUGAAGUAUUAAUUUGUUUGUCCACAGAGAAAAGUUAAAUGUGUAAUAUUAUUAAUUAGUUGUCAUAAUCUCUACUUCUUUAUCUUGCAAUCAGUUUAUUACGUAACAUUUUUUAUGCAUAUCAGUAAGGUUUUUUGAAAGUAAUAGAACUAUUAUUGUUGAUAUUAUUAUUAUUGUUAUAUUCAAGAUUAAGUUACAAAUUAAUUUGUACAGUUUAUGUGACUCUGUUGGUACUGUAGACCUACUAUACUCAGAAGGCUGAAUAAUUAAAUUUCAUAUAUCAGUACCUGAGCAGCCCUAGUGCCAGUUUAUUUGAUACAAACACAUUUUAUGAAGCCUGAGGAAGGAAAACAUUCAACAUGAGUCUUACAAUAUAUCCUUUGCACUGGGUUAUAACAGGUUUCUUUUAGAGUAGCACUUUAAAACUGCCUCCCUGUUAUUUUUUUGUUUGUAGUAUGUGAAAUGAUAUUUAUUAGAUGCCUCUGAAUAUUUUGUAUUUUUUUAUAGAUUUUGAGUAUGCUUUGAGCAAGAUACUUUACAUACCUGUUGCUAAUCUAAAAACCUACAAUAAUGAAGAAUUCUACAUUUGUUAGUAUUUAUUUGUGGAAAAUAGAAUAUCAUUAAAGUAACUUCAACAAAACACCGUCAAUCAUAUAAUGUGUCCUCAUACCUAAUGUGCACAACAUGGCAGUCUUUGUUUUUCAAUAUUCACAUUGCUGACAUGGUGGUAGUGUGGGCAGUACUGCUCCUGCCACCUCAUUGCUCCAGUGGCCAGUGUUAGGUCUAUGUGGAGUUUGCAUGUUCUCCCCAUAUCACUGUUGAUUACUGAUGACUGAGUGUUGGUGCAUGCUUGAGUAUGUGUAAGUGUUCACUCUGCUUUCUACCUAGAGUUGCUGGGUUAUGUUUCAACUCCCUGUAAUGAAGUAUGUAGGUUCAGAAAAUUAGUUUUCAAUUUUUCCAAUUUUUAGAGUGCCCAGUGAUGGCCUGUCUUUUUUGUGGUUGGAAUUAGUUACAGCAGGGUUUGAGUGCUGGCAAUCUGAUUUUUCAGUCCUUCAAUCCCUAUCUUGUUUUUUUGUUCAAAUUUUUUGAUAAUAUUUUUUGAUACUUUAUGAUAACACAUACAGGAGCAAGUGGGACUACAUUAGCAGGCCAGAUUAUUUAUCAGAGAUUAUUUAUUGAUAGCUAGUUGAGGAUUAAAAAGUCCAAUUGGAGAUACCUAAUGCAGUUAUUUAUGAGAGAGAGUAUCAAAUGACAGAUAUGCAUCUUAAUAAUCAAGUGAAAUUAAAUUAACAUAGAAAUAAUAUGUUCUGUUAAUACCAAUAAUUGGCUUCUGAAUUAGAAAUGAAGGGUUGAAUGAAAAUAUGUAGCCAGUGCAGCCUUCCAGAGACAGACUGGGUUUGUCAUAUAAAAAGUGGGUUCAGAAUAUGGAAUGAUGCAUGAACGUUUUUCAUUUUCCAUCUAUCCAUUUUCCAAACUCACUUAUCCUUUCCAUUUUUAUAAUUUUAAACAAAACAACUGUUAUAUUUUUAAAUACAGAUAUAUGUUAAAAAAAUAACAUUUUUGGAAACCUUUACGAAUUAAAGAAAGAAGCAGAAAGCCAGUUUUCAAAAAAAAAAAUUCUAUUAGACAUUAGGCAUUUUUUUCAUACCCUUUAUCAAUUACCUUGGAAACGGUAGCAGGAUCUGCCAACUGACUUGGUAUGUUUUCAUUGAUAAAUCUGACCUGUUAUACAGUAGAAUCAAUAGUGUGCCCUGCAAUCGACUAGUACCCCAUCCAGGGUAGAUCCAGAAUUACAUCUGAUGCUGCUGGGAAAGGUUAUUGCAGUCCGCAACCUAUAAAGAAACACACUAAACACACUACUAUGUAUACACUGGCAAUCAAAAGAUUUAGAACACCUCAAUUUUUCCUGCUUAUAUUUAAAAUUUAAGAAGUUCUAAUCCAGUGAAUAACCUGAAAUGGUAUAAAGGUGAGCAGUUGACUGCCUCAGUUUAGCGUACCAAAAGCUAAAAAAAAUAAUGUAAUGUUCAGAGUUACAGUAAUGGGUUAACAACUUGCAGGUUUUUUGUAGCAGUGGAAGUUAACGAAAUCUUGAAAGCUGAUGCAAACAGUUCCUCCUAAGUCCAAACUUGUGUUGAUUACUUACAAACCCUCUGACUGUAUAAAAGCAGUGUCGGAACAAACUGUGUUGUUACACCCUCUGAAGCAUUGUUUGGACAAUAGUGCACUGUACAUAUAUUACUACCAUAGUGGAGAGAAAGUGUGAGGCACUUACCACACAAGCUGUUGAAAUUUGUCUUCUGAUUCUGUUGUGCCUUUGGGUCUUCCAGACAUGUUCCUGACCGAGUUUCCUCCGGUUUCCAAGUUCCUUUUGAUGGUGUAGGAAACUCACCUCACUGACACCUUGGCUUUCUUUGCAGUUUCUCUAAAGGAAAGUCCUUCACUUUCAAGGGUUAUAAUUGUCUGUGUUGCUUUAAUUGCCUUUUUCUUGCCAUUAUGAUAGCAAUAUACUACUUCAUGCAGUGCAAUAUUGUCCAAAUAAUGCUUCAGAGGGUGUAGCAACACAAUUUGUUCUAGCACUGCUUUUAUACAGACACAGGGUUUGUAAGUACAGUAAUCAAAAAAAGUUGGGACACCUAUAGCAAUUGUUUGCGUUAACUUUCAAGGCUUCGUUAACUUCAAUUGCUGCAGAAAAGCUGCAAGUUGUUAACCCAUUACUACAACUCUGAACAUUAUAUUAUUUUUCAGCUUUUAAUAACCAGUUUCUUUCUUUUUUACCUCUGGCAGUUUAGCAGUUAUUCACUGGACUUGAAUUGCUUAAAUUUCAGUAGAAACUGAAAAAAAUGGGUGUUUAACUUUAUACCUUAAACCUUCUACCUUCUACGUUAUAUUCAGCAGAUCUGAUUUUCCACCAGAUUAUCAUGUAAUGGCAUGAUGGCAUUGAGAACACUGACCAGUAGCAAGCCCCUGAUCAACCUGAUUAUUUUGUUCUUUUCUAUUAUUAUUUUUUGAAAAUGCUAGGUUAGUAUAUUCUUAUUUUGUCUUAAAAAGUAUAAAACUGUGAAUAUUUACAUGUACAGUAGUUUUACUGUGUGUGCAUCUCUUGGUUUAUUUCUUUAACACAACCGUGCAGGGGGGUUGAUCUGUAUUUCUGUUUUUAAGAUUUUUUCUUUAAUGUUAUUUAUUUAUUUAUUUUUAUGGUUUUAUCUAUUGAAUUAUUUUUUAUAUAAGCUAAUAGAUUUGUCAGUUCAAGCUAUAGUCAAAGGAUCUUUAAUGGGGGCUUUUAUUAUGAUGCAGUGGAAGUGCUGCUUCCUCACAACAGGGAGACAGGGGUUCAUGUCCUGGGAGCUCCCUGCAUGGAGUUUGCGGAGUCUGCAUGUUCUUCUCAUGUCUGAGUGCUCCAGCUUCCUCCCUCAGUUCAAAGACAUGCAAGUUAGGUGGAUUGGCAAUGCCAAAUUGGCCCUAGUGUGUGUAUGUGUAUUUGCGUGUGUGUGUGUCCGUUCACCAAGCGAAGGACUUGUGCUUUUUUCAGGGAUUGUUUCUGCCUUGAGCUUGAUGCUUGCUGGGAUAGGCUCCAGCUACCUUGUGACCCUGCCCUUACAUAAGUGUGUUAGGAAAUGGCUGGGUGGAUCUUUAACAGAUACAAAAUGUAGACAACACACCUUUGACAAGGUCCGUUGGAAAAGCAGUAGUUGUCAAUGGAAACUGAAACACUUUACACAGACACAGUUUCAUUUAGCUAUGCCAUGUAUUGGGACAUAAUUAAUAGCCUAGAGAUGCGUUACUGUAAGUUGAACAUUACUUCAGGAAUGAAAAUUUAUUAUGUAUAAGUGAGUGUGAUGAAUAAAGUGUUAUUCAUCCACAUACUGUGAAGAUCGCGUAUAAAAAACAAGACAGCAUAAUUGUUAUUUUUAAGCAUUUUACUUUCAUCUAAUACUUGUGUGAAUCUCAAUUCAGAUCCAUUCUUAAAUCUAUAAAAAUUAUUAAAUUCAGUCUGGAUUAAUAUUCAUCAAAGCAUAUGAAAUCAAUUACAGUACUAUGUUAUUUUAAUUGUACUUAACUCCACACCAGUAAUGUUAACAGAUAAAAUGUUCUUCUUACUAUACAGUAUAUGUCUAUGAUGCAUGUUCGAUAUGCAUACCAAGUUUUUAAUGCUUUAUUCUGUGCUCUUUAUUGUUUUAAUUGCAGUUUUUAAGUCUUAUAUGGUGCCUUGGGGGUGUGACUUUAUGUUAAUUGCACAAAAUCAUGUAAGUGCACAUCUGGUGUGAUCAAGUAUGUCAUCUUAUUCUCUGAUUAUUCUUAUAUUCUUAUUCAGUAGGCAUUCAUUUCAUAGUUGUAAAUGAAAACUAUAUUUUCCAUUUGUGCGUUAUUUGUAAGUGCAGCCUGUAGUUGAGUGGAGCACUUGACUGUCAGAUACCCCAGCAAAGGAUCUUGUAGUCUACAAAUACUAUUGUGUCCAUUUGUCUCAUAAUAGCCCUGUGUUGUAUAGUCUCUCACCAAAUUAUAUUAUUGAUGUCAGAAUCUUCAUAAAACAAGCUAAGAUUUGGCAUUCAGUCAUUUAAAAUGCCUUUAACAUAUUCAAUUAGUUUUCCAGUCCUGUGUCAAUUCCCACCUUGCUCCUGGUGGCACUGUGAUAGGCACCAGCUCCCUGCAGCCCUGCACUAGCUAAGCAGGUUAAAUUCAUCAAGAACAUGGGAGCCACAGAAGGAAGCUGAUAAGAGUACAUUUUGCACAAACAAUAAAAAAAUAUUUGUUCCCACUGAGGGCAACAGAUACAUGGAAUAAGUUGCCGAGCCGGAUAAUAGAUGGUAGUAGUUUGGGGACCUUGACAUUUCUUUGAAAGAGUUAGGUAAAUAAAGAUGAGCUAGGCUCUGCUGUUCUCAUCAAUUUUCUUAUGUUAGUGUGGAAAGAUGGUAGGACAACUUGUUUGUCACUGUGCCACCAAUUGUAACAAGUGACACUGAGGCUACAUCUGCACUACUAUAUUUUCAAUUAAAAAACGGAUUUUGAAAUGAAAACAAUGUCCAUCCAUAAUGGUAUUUUCACUUACGAAAGUAUCUGCAUCCAAAAACAUCUAAACAACUGAAAGCACUUAAGAAGGGAUAGCAGUUCCACUGGCCACAGGAUUUAUCACAAAGCUGAAGCGACUGCUAAAUUAUUUGCCUUUUGCACAUGUAGGCAGCAUUCAAACUUUAAAAAUGUCAAUUUAGAUGCAUACAAGUAAGCAACACAACAAGUGCAAUGGAAAGCAACUCUUCUGUGUCAGCUCUUUGAGAUAUGGCUUUCUUCCGUGAAGGGUGACUAAUCGGGCAAUGACGUUGUAAUGAGCAGAGUCCAAUCAGAUAAGGGCUACAUAAUAAGCAUGAAAAAAUCAGAGCAUGAUUGGAGUCUGAAUUUUUAAAGUCUACAUUUUUCCACAUACACAUUUUAACAGUAAGUCAGCACAUCUGUAAGUAUAUGGCUCUGAAAAGCAUUUUCAAAAGUCUCCAUUUUCGGGGAUUAAAAAUUCUGGGGUAUUUAGGUAUUUCUUAACUGAAAGAAAGCAGGCAUUAUAAUAUGAUUAAUAUGGGCAUUGAAAUUUAAUUCAGAAUCUAUUAAAAUACCUCCUUUUUAUUCUCAUACAAAGCAGAACUCAAACAUAAAAUUAUAUAAAUAUUCUCAUUCCCCAGGAGAUGUUGUCAGCUGUUAUGCGUUAGUUGUGGUUUGCAGUGGCUGUAUGUGCAUCUCCUAGUGGCCUGGCAGCUCAUCCAGUGUUGAGUAUCUCCAUGGAUAAGCUCCAUCUUGCCAUGUCCCUAAACUUGAGUUAAGCAAAUUCAGGAAAUGUGUGGAUGGAUAAACAGGUGGAGGCUGCUUUUAUCAUCUUUUCAAUAUGUAGCACUUAGUUUUUCAGUAAAUAACAUCUUAAGAGUAAUUUGAAAUGAACAUACAAUUUAAAGAAUUUAAAGUCUUGUUUUGUCAGUAGAAGUAUGCAUGUUUAAAUGUAAGGCAGGAGUGAUGAGGAUAUGAAGUUACAGCAAAGAGCGCAAAACAUUCUACAGCUGCCUGCACCUUCUCUUUAACACACACACAAGAGGUGUCUGCUGGACGGGCGGCGUUCAUCUUUCUUUAUCGUAAUACAGAUGUGUGCAUUUGCUCAUCUUAAACCUCUAGAUGUCAAGUGGUGUCUUUCUGGUUCCAACCAUGAUCAGUGAGGAACAGCAAAGGUCCGCCAAUGAUAGCAUCAAGAGAAAAACAGCCGUACGUUGUGACCAUACAUCACAAACAAAACACAGAGACUGAAAAAGUCUCCACAGAAUGAGCCUUAUGGGAAAACCGCAUCAGUGGGCCAAAGCAUCUCAUAGUUCUUAAGUAUAUAACUGAUUUGGUUUUAGGAAAGCUUUUUGUAAAAUAUAUUGUCAGAUGGACUUCUUGCACAUGAACUCUGUUUUAGCCAUAUUAAUUAUGCAAUUAAAAUGGAAGCAUGGCCAAAACCAAGGCAAUUAAUGGAAAUGUCUCAAAUAUCUCAUCUUUUUAUUUAUUGUACUGAUGUAAUGGGUUUACACUGCCAAAAUAUUUGUAAGAUCUUUGCUUGUUUAAUGGAAAUAGUCCCUAUAAUGCUUUUUUAUUUCUGGGGAAACAUGAAAGGCUUCUUGUUUGGGUUUGUCUUAAUGUUCACUUAUAUGUUCGGUUUAGGAGUGUUACAUGUUUAGACACUUUUCGCUUGUUUGUGGAUUUUGGUUUUAAAUGUUGCUUCAUCAAUUUGUUAAACCUUCUUUGUUGUAUUCCAGGUUACUUGUAUUAAUUGCUGCUGUGCCAUACUGUAUAUCUCUGUUUUUAAUAACACUUCUUGUGAUUUGGAUUUUUUAGGUUGUGUAUUUACAUGUUUGUAUAUAACUACAUCUUUAAGAAUGAAGAAGUCAUUUUGUCUCACUAGAUGAACAGUAUGGUUUUGUGGAAACUUGCUGUGUGUUGUAAAUGUGCCAAGUCAUCUUCUGUAUCAAUAUUCCAACUGUGUGUUUUUUGUGCUAAUGUAUUUAGCAUCUAGUUUUACUAAAAAUGUAAAAGCUGUUCAAUAUGCAUAUGAUGUACAGAAAAGCUAAUAAAUACCUUAUUCAGAAUAA